AUGUCUCACCGAUACACGAGAGCUGAGAAGGGUAAAGCUAUGGCCAACAACACCACGCUUCGAAAGCCGCUCGUUAAGGUUCCAGAAUCUGAUAUCUCGGAACUCAUCGAACGAAAUAAGUUCAUGCUUAUAGGUCGAGCAACAAAUCCGGCGAUACAGAAGACCAGGGCCCUAGUUGAUUUCUUCUUGCAGCACUGGAAUGUGGUUGGAAGACUAACGGGUCGCGCCUUGGGGCCGUCCCUGUUCCAAUUUGUUGAGUCUGAGAAAGACCUUCAAACCAUCCUCUCUAAGGCACCCUUCCACUUCAAAAAGUGGAUGUUGAUUCUUCAAAGGUGGGAACCGAUCAUUUCAGAUGAUUUCCCAAACCGCAUUCCUUUUUGGGUAAACAUUCAUGGCAUUCCCCUCCAUUACUGGAAUGAUCAAACCAUUGAUGUUAUUGGCCCGGUCUUGGGCCACAUAGACGUCAAAGAAGCGGCGAAAGCCCAAGUCCGUGUCCUUGUGAACGGCCUUCAACCUCUUAUAAUGAAGAUGGACCUACAACUACCGUCGGGUGAUGUUAUCGAAAUAGAAAUGGAAUAUGAAAACUUACAGAAACAUUGCUUCUUCUGCAAGUCUUUGUGCCAUGAAGAUGAUGACUGCCAAAGUCGCGUGGAGUUACGUCACCAGAAGGAAGAUAGGAGGAACCUGGGCAUCUCCCAACAAAACACUCUGGAAAGCAUUGAAGAAGGGAAACGCAGACAGGAUGACAGGAAAAGGUCCCGCCAUUACCCAUCGCCUCACUAG